GUAGUUCUUAUGGGUUCUCUUCCCCCUUCCCCCACAACAUAUCUUUCAUACUAUAUAACGAACACCCAAAAAAGAAAAUAGAAAUAACCCUCCCAAUCUCGCCUUCUCACUCUCUUUCUCGCCUGAAAAGGUCCAUAGCUUUCCAAUAUGGGGUUUAAUAAGGUUUAUCAAUGCUUGAUGAAUAUAUUUCCGCAGGUUGAUUCACGCAUUCUAAAAGCUGUUGCUAUUGAGAACUCUAAGGAUGUUGAUGCAGCUGCAGAGAUUGUUCUGUCUGAGAUUCUUCCUUACCUGUCUAAACAAAUCAUGGCUGCUAGUUCUUCUUCACAAACCCAGAGUCCUCAAGUGCAACCAAAUGAAGCUGUAGAUGAGGAAGAAACCGAUCAGUUGAGGCGGCAAAAGGUAUUAUUGGGGAAAAGAGCAUGCUCUUCUACAGAACCAUUGUUGGAAACAAAUGAAGUUGGUAGAGAUACUCGUCUUACAGGUGCUGCCAACAAUGUGAAUUUUCUUGAGGCAUCAAAUUCAGCAAGUACAUCAAAAUUUCAUGAGAACAACAAUAAUGAGGCUGCUAAUAUUGAAACUGAGGAAUUGAUAUUACUGGGCAACCCUCUGGAAAACACUGCUGAAAUUGGGAAGGAUAAGUCUAGUGUCAUCUUGAAUGCUUUAGGGAUUGAGAAUGCUCUGCUAAGUGCAAAUCUUGAAAGCAAAGAGUCAGGUUCGCCAAGUAAAGACCAAGCCAUAGACAUUGAAGAUGGGUUUGUUAGGAGUCCCCAUGUUUCACCAGUCACUUCGGCUUAUGAUUAUACCUCACCUCUGGAGAAUACUGGUAGUAGUGAAAGCUCAAAUGAUGAUUUAAAUCUUGAUGGACCCCUGGAUUUGAAUGCAGAUUUAUGCAGAAACAGUUCAUUAAAUGGCACCAUGGUAGGGGAAGAAAAUGCUGUGUCUCUGCUGGUUCCAUCAUCUUCUCAAGAACAAGUACCAGAAGGCCCAAGCGCUUCUCGUCAUUCGGAAAGUGGUUCUAUGAUUCACUCUACUGAUUCUGAGAAACAAGGAAGUUGUUCUGUAGAACUUAAAUCCCAGCAGGACUCCAUUAGUGAAAUGGGUGAUAUUGAAGAUGAUACCUUUGAUCCUGUUGUCAGUAGAUCUGGCCAAACAUGCAGAAUUGAUCUACUUGAAGAGAUAAUUGAAGAUGCCAAAAAUAACAAGAAAACCUUAUUUCAGGCCAUGCAGUCAAUUAUAAACUUGAUGAGAGAAGUUGAACUUAAAGAGGAAGCUACAGAACAAGCAAAAGAGGAAGCUGCUAGGGGAGGUUUGGAUAUUCUUGUCAAGGUGGAGGAACUUAAACAGAUGCUGCCACAUGCAAAGGAAGCAAAUGACAUGCAUGCUGGAGAAGUAUAUGGGGAGAAGGCAAUUCUAGCUACUGAAGUGAGGGAACUUCAAAGUCGCUUGCUCAGCUUGUCAGAGGAAAGAGAUAAAUCUCUUGCUAUUCUUGAUGAGAUGCGUCAAACCCUUGAAGCUCGACAAGCUGCAGCAGAGGAGGUGAUGAAAACGGCUGAGCAGGAAAAGUUGGAAAAAGAAGAAUCUGCCCUUAACGCUCUUGCUGAACAAGAAGCCUUUAUGGUGAAGGUGGUUGAAGAGUCUAAGAUUCUACGGCAGGAAGCAGAAGAAAAUUCCAAGUUACGUGAGUUUCUUAUGGACCGCGGUCAGAUUGUUGACUCCUUACAGGGAGAAAUAUCUGUUAUUUGUGAGGAUGUGAGAUUGCUUAAAGAGAAGUUUGAUGAGCGUGUUCCACUAAGCAAAUCUAUAUCCUCGAGCCAAACCAGUUGCAUCCUGGCCUCCUCUGGCUCAUCUCUUAAAAGCAUGGCAUCUGAUCUUGGUUGUGAGCAGGGGGAGAAAGCUAAAACCCCAGAGAAGAGAAGCCCAACCCCAUCUGUUAAUGGGCAGUCAUCAAAAAGCAGAUCAUUAGAGGAAAGAUGCAAAGCUGAUGGCAAAGAGCUUUUGGAUGAUGGGUGGGAAAUUUUUGAUAGAGAUGCUGAAUUUUGAAUUGUACAGCGAAGCUACAUGAAUCAUCAAUGCAACUUAUGAGCAUCAAAAGGGUCGCCUCCAGUUAUAAAUGGCUGUUAGAAGUCUGCAAUUUUAUUUUAAUAACCAUUUCCUAGCUACUAGGAUCUUGGAUUCAAGCACUUUUGAGUGACUUGGAAUUUCCUUAUCAUAUAUAUAGGCAUUUUCUUGGAACAUUAUAUUGCUAUAUUAGUAACAAAAUACUAUUGCAGUACAUUUGUACAGCAUUAAGUAACGAAUAAGUGAGUGCAUUUAUGCA